AUCAUUCUUGACUCUUCAAAAUUUCUGUUAUUCCGUUGACUACUAAACGCGUCUAAUUUCACCGGCAGCACGUUCCAAUGCCCCCUAAAGCGCAAACUAGGACGGCGCGUCGCGGCCGCCCUGCCAAAGCUGCUGCGCCUGGCUCUGCCGCACCUGUCGCCGCAAUGGCACCUCCCAAGAAGCGCGGUCGCGCUGCGAAGACAACUACCGCAGAAGCAGCUACCGUCGAGCCACCCAAGAAGCGUGGUCGCCCCGCGAAAACACAAGUUGACGAGCCGAUUGCGCAGAUCGAUAGCGCCAUUAAACGCGGCCGUCACUCGGUCGCAGCUGCUGAAGAAGUCAUCACAGAGACUCCCGUCACGACGCAGAAGCGCGCUGGAAGACCACCUAAGGCUGCCACGGCUGUUGUUGCCGGAGCUGCUGUGCCCAAGAAACGCAGUGGACGCCCGCGCAAGGAAGACGUUACGGAUGUAGCUCCAGCGACACCAAAGCGUCGCGGUCGCCCCGCGUUGGAUCUGAGCCGCGUUUCUGGUUCCUCACGCGUCGCAAAGCGUACCUCACCACGUUCGAAACCGGCUGCUAAAGUUGCUCCCAAAGUCGCCGCUGCCCCUCGCAUCAAUUCUCGCCUUCGCACAGCCCCCGUCAAUAAAGCGAAGAAGGAUAUUGAUCAGCCUAUCAAGAAGGCUCGGGGAAGACCCAAGAAGAUUGAUAUCAAGGCUCCAGCCUCAGCGCCCAGAAAGGCUGUGGGUCGUGGUCGCAAGGCCAGCGCACCUGUGCCAGCUCCCCCGCCUAAGAAGGUGACCGCACGACCCAAGACUGCUGCCCCUCGCAAGCGCCGCGGCUACACAUCAUUCGAGGUUGCCGACAAGUUCGUGGCCCAGGUGAAACAGUUUAUCACAGACCUCCAGGCUGAAGAUGCAGCUAAUGCUGCGGCAGCAGCAGGUGAGGCUGAUGACGAGGGCGAGGAGAUCGAAGUCGAGAUCGAACUGGGUCCUGAAGACGCCAGCGCUGACGCGUCCGAGGGCCUUCAAGUGGAGGAAGAUGCAGCUGAGCUAGCAGAUGAGGAAGACGCAGAUGCCAAUAUGCGACUUGGCCUCGAGGAUGGUGCAAACGAUGCUGCCGAUGUGGCUUCUGAGGACGACGACCUUGAUGAGACCGAGCUGCCGUCUGAGACUGCAGUGCUUGCUGAAAUCGCAGCUGUCGAAGCUGAGCUCGACGUUCAAGAUGCCAUUCAAGAAGAUGUACAGAUGAUAGAAGACGCUCAGCCUGCGCUUGAGCGUCGGGCCUCGUCGAGCAGUGUCUCAGUCGACCUGCACAAGGAGAUUACUGAGGUGACUACGAUCCCGCAGAUGGAUGGCUCAAACGAGGUCGAUGUCUUCCAUGCACACGUUGACGGGCACGUUCAUGAGCGUGUCCAUGCACCCGAAUCUGUGGCACCGGCAUCCACCGGCUUACUGUUCGGUGGGAUAUAAGGGUGUUAAGGCCCCAUCCACGGCGCGGGUUGAUACUCCAUACAACGCCUCCAAGACAUGGCAGGCUGGAACGAUUGUGGGCAACGAAGAUGUAUUGCAGGCAGCGUGCUUGCAUGGCGUUCAUUAGGCGUUGUUUAUCGCAGACCGCGGGUCCUUGACGUAUCGGAAGCUGUUCAGAAUACGCUUCAGGAAUCUGAUCAUGUCCUCACUAUUCGAGGUUCACGCAGAGCUCGUGUAUAUACCAUGCGAGUUGCUUUUAGCCUUAGUUGCAGAUUAGGCGGCACGAGGGAGAGGGACGGAAAAUUUAAAGCAUUUGAUUUCA